AUGCGGCAGCCUCUUUUUGCACUUGAAGAGGUAAUUUGCAACUUGGAGACGUUGGCCCUAAAUAAUGAGGAUGCAAGCAUGAUAUUACAAGGGCAAUUUUCACGAAAACACUUCAACAAACUCAAAUCUCUUCGUUUGGCAAAUUUUAAAGAUGAUGAUGCCACUUUUCCCUAUUGGGUUCUCCAAAACAUAACUGUCAAUGACCUACUUAUUGAAUGGAGUUCUUUCAGGGAGAUAUUCCAAGAAGAAAUACCUAUAGAUGACAAAAGAAAAUCUAAAACUGGAGCACGACUUAAAGCAUUGACACUCUGGCACUUGGAUGAUCUCCAGCACAUAUGCAAAGAAGGAUUUCGAAUAGAUCCAGUCCUAGGGGUUCUUGAAGACUUACUGGUCCAUGAUUGUUCCAAUUUGAGACACUUAGCACCUUCCUCCGGAACAUUUCAUCACCUGACACAUUUGGAGGUGGUAAAUUGCAAUGGAUUGGUUCACUUGAUUACCUCAUCAACUGCAAGAAGCCUAGUCAAAUUAACCACAAUGAAAAUAACGAAGUGCAAUUCACUUGAGCAAGUUGUGGCAGAAAAGAGGGAGGAAUUUGAAGAUGAAAUUGCAUUCAGAAGCUUGGAAAUUUUAAAGCUCAAAUGUCUGCCAAUGAUCAAGAGGUUUUGCUCCUCCAAUUGCUUCUUAAUCUUUCCGUUGUUAAAAGAAGUUGUCAUUGAGCAUUGCCCAAGAAUGAACACCUUCUCAGCUGGGAGAGACACAAGCACACCAAAGCUUCGAAAGAUAUCAUCAAAAGAAGAAGAUGGAAACGUGUAUUGGGAAGGCGAUUUGAAUAAGACAAUAAACAAGAUGUUUGCGGACAAGGUGGCAUUUAGUAGAUGCAAAUAUCUGGAGCUGUCAGAAUAUCCAGAAUUGAAACAGCUAUGGUAUGGCCAAGUUGGACAGAAAAUAUUCUGCAAUUUGAAACAUCUGACAGUCCAUAAAUGUACAUUUUUAACCAAUGUAAUUUUUACAUCAAAUUUACUGCAAUUGUUAUAUACAUUGGAGGAAGUAGAAGUAACAGAGUGUGAUUCCUUAGAAGCAGUGUUUGAUGUAAAAGUCUUGGAUGACAAGGAAAUGCAUCCGAACAAAGCUAGUCAGUUGAAAAAGUUAACCCUGUCAGGUCUUCCAAAUCUAAAAUACAUAUGGACCAAAGACUUUCCAAAAGCACUCGGCCUUGAGAAUUUACAAGUUGUGCAUGUUGCUAAAUGCCAAAACUUGAAAUAUGUGUUUUCACCAUCACUAUGCCAAGAUUUGAGGCAGCUUGAAGAGCUAAACAUUGAGUCUUGUGGUGUUGAGCAAAUUGUUGCAAAUGAAGAAGGAUUGGAGGAGCUUAAGUUUUACUUUCCUCUGCUAAGAAUCUUUAGGCUAAUACGCUUGACACAGCUCAAUGAUUUCUAUCCAAAAAGAUAUACUCUAGAAUGUCCUUCAUUGAAGGUAUUAAAUGUUGGCCGAUGUGAAGCGUUGCAAAUAUUUGCAUUUGGAAAUUUGGACUACCAGGAGCUUAGAGGGGCUUGUGUUGACUUGCCAAUCCAACAAGCUUUAUUUCAUAUUGGAAAGGUAUCAGAAAACUUGGAGGAGUUAUCAUUAAAUGAAAAGGAUGCUAUGAGGAUAUUGAAUGGAAGUUAUGAGAAAACACUCUUUCAAAGAACAGAAAAGCUUCGUUUGCAAUAUUUUCAGGAAACUCCAGUGAAGUUUUUAAAUGAAUUGCUCGAAAGAUUCCCAAGUGCAACAACACUUCAAGUGCGUUGGAGUUCUUUUGAAACACUUUUUCAUACAGCAGAAAUUGGUCAUUUCAAUAUUAAAAAACCCACUCAAAUAAAAAAAUUGUGGCUAUAUCAAUUGGAGCAACUUCAGCAUAUAUGGAAUGAUGACUCAGCAUCAGACACCCUUGUUCCACACCUUGAAGAUCUGACCAUAAUAGAAUGCUCUAGGUUAAGAAGAUUGGCACCACCUUUGACAUCUUUUGCAAGUUUAACCACCUUGGAAGUAGAGGAUUGCAAUGGCUUGAUGUACUUCGUGACACCUUUCACUGCUAAAAGUCUCGUCCACCUCACAAGCUUAACAGUUACAAAUUGUGGGAUGCUAGAGGAGAUUGUGAUGACUAAUGAAGUGGGAUCAGAAGAAGAAAUCAUAUUUGAAAGCUUGAAGGAUUUGGAACUAACUUGUCUAUCAUGUUUCAAAAGCUUUUGCUCUGGGAAACAUACCUUCAUAUUCCCCUCUUUGGUGAAAUUAAAAGUGACAGAAUGCCACAAAAUGCAAAAUUUCUCAUCUGGAACCAUUAUUGCCCCAUUUCUGAAAUUAGUGGAGGUGGAAAAUGGGAGAAAACGCUGGAAAGGGGACCUUAACACUACUAUCAAGCAUUUGUUCACGGACAAGGCAAUUCGAGAAGGACAAUCAAGUGAUAUUAUAGAAAGUAGUCAAAUUCAUCAAAUGACCAGAAGUACUUCUGAGGCAUCAAGCUUUGAAGAGCAAGUGGGACAAUCAAAGCCUAAUCAGAUUACAAACACUGGAAAGCAAGAAACACGCAAGCUUCCAAGUCAAUCUUGCGACAGAGAGCAGAAUGAACAAGCCUCGUCAGGUAUGGAGAGGCCUCUAGCCCAUGUUACUCAAAAUGCCUCUAGCCCUUCUACAAAUCAAGAUACAGAAGAAUCACAAGACGCGGAGACUGAAUCUAGCAUGAGUCUGUCAAGGCCAGCCACAACUUUCAACGAUAAAGAAAGUUUAGCUGAGGGGACUCAAGGGAUUGGUGAGAACAUUGAAAGGCCAUUGGUUGAAGCUGCUAAAAUUGCUCCUAGCCCCACAGGAGUUUAUGAUGCAGAGGUGAAUGAGACUGUUGAGAAGCCCUUAAUUCAAACUAUCCAGAAAGCACAGAGACCAACUACAGUACAGGACAUAGAAGGACCACAUGAGUCAAAAACUUGUCCCAGAGAGCAUUUGUUCAACCAACCUGAAACUUUUAUAACUAGUGACGACAAAGAAACUAUUGGAACUCAUAAGAUUCAUGACACCAUGGACAAAUCCUUGAUUCAGGCUGACCAAGAUGCAGAGAAACAUGUCACAGCACAAAACAAAGCAAUAGAUCCAUCACCUUCAAAAGCUCCAGGAACUAUGACUUCACCAAUACUGGAAUUGAAUGCUUAUAGUGACAGAUGGUUGAUUGACAUUUCCAAACAAAACUUGCCAUAUUUGGAGGCUGGGUUGAAGCGUCAUCCUCAAGUGCUUGAUUGGUUCAAUACAAAGCGACGAAGAGCAUUCGCAGCCUUAUUCACCGAAGUCACUAGCAUUUUGAGGACUACUAGGAGACGCGACUUGACAGAGGAUGAUCGAAACUAUAUCAGAGAGUGCUGUACUGCAUUGGCAGCAGUUGGUUUUGAUGCUUCUUGGCUCAGUUAUGUAUAUGGCUGCAUUGAGAGCUAUGGUGAUGGAGAUGAGCUCAUGAGAAAGCUUGAGGAGACUGAAGCCAAAGUUUUCACUCUUAGAAAUGAGUUAGCUUCUGCUGAGGCAUCCUUAGUCUCAUUGCGAGACGAGGCAAGCAGGCUCAAUGAUUUUAUUGAGUCGUGA